CAAAUUUCAUAGCAUCGGCGCCAAAAGAUGACUUCGCAGUUUUGCAUUCCAAACAGCGACACAACAAAAGACGCCUUAUUUGUGCUGCUUCUCUCCUGUGAAGCCACCGGCGGGAGCGCUGCACCCCACUAUUACCGGAGACCUUCGACUUUCGACCCCAUUGCUACAGGCCCUACAGUACCAGUUUUCACCGUCCGUCGCCUCUGGAAGUCUUUCUUCAGCUCAAGUUGUUAUUCACAGCAACAACAAGCUAUGCAAUCGAAAAUAAAUUCAUUCUUCAUACCUUCUUCUUCUUCUUCUUCUUCCACAUCACGAAGCCAAGCCCUAGAUUCACCUCUUCCCCCCCUUUUGGAUAACUUGUCUGAUGAAGAAGACUUCACCAGAGAACCUGAAAUUCCCAUCAUAUACACGCGAAGAGCUCCAAACACAGAUAGAGCUAAUGAUGAUGUUUUCAAAGAAAAUGAUCCAAACAAACAGUUAGUUGCAACAAAUUCCAAAAAGGUUUUAAACAAGAAAAGGAAGUAUGCACAAUUUCAUUUGGAUUUAGGUCAAUCCGAUUUUCUAUUACACACCUGUAAAACUUGUGGAUUCAAGUUUGCUCCUGGAGAUGAAGAAGAUACAAGGGUUCACAAAGAGUUUCACAAAAGCUACACUCAUGGUAUUCAUUUCAAGGGUUGGCGUAAUGAAAGAGUUAUAGAUACACACUCAUUAGAACAUGGACGUGUUAUUUUGGUCCUUAAUGAUGAUCCUCCUGCUCAUAUUAAAAAGGUUGAGGAGGUUAUAAAGAUGAUGGAGAUGGAGCUUGGUGAUGGAUGGAUCUUCCAUAAAAACUGUAAGGUUUAUCUUUAUAUCUCCUCUCAACGGGUUGCUGGAUGUCUAGUUGCAGAGCCAAUAAACAACGCUUAUCCUUUAGUUUCAAACUCAGACCAAAACACCACUCUAAAGGAGGUCAAAAAGUCAACUCCAACCACUCUACAAUUCGGUAGCAUUAGUUUCCAAAGAGAAAUCAUAAAAAAAGAUAAAAAUCAAAGAAAUUCAAACGACAACACACUCUUUGGAGCAAUCAUUUGUGAAAAAGACUCGAUCCCUGCUGUUUGUGGCAUCCGUGCAAUUUGGGUCACACCCUCCAACAGAAGAAAACACAUUGCCACUCAUUUACUUGAAGCCACAAGGAAAAGUUUUAGUUUGGAUGUGAUUCUUGAACAUUCUGAUUUAGCAUUUUCUCAGCCAACAAAUGUGGGGAAGUUGUUAGCAUCAAGUUACACCAACACCAAAUCUUUCUUGGUUUACACAACAAAUUCAUAGCAAGCCAAUAAAUCUUGAAUUCUUUUCAUGAUUUCAAGAAACACUGUUAAAUUUUAUUCAUGGUAUGAUAUUUAUUCACUGUGAAUUAUUAAACAUAUAUGCAUCGGGGUUUUUCGCAAUGGUGCCAUUAUCAGAACCCUCAAACUUUCCUUCUCAAUCUUGUAUGAUAU